AUGCAGACACUCCAUGAUCGCCAGCUGUCAGUCAUUAUACAGACACUCAGUGAUUGCCAGCUAUCAGUCAUUAUGCAGACACUCAGUGAUCUCCAGCUGUCAGUCAUUAUCCAGAAACUCAGUGAUCUCCAGCCGUCUGUCAUUAUCCAGACACUCAAAGAUCGCCAGCUGUCAGUCAUUAUCCAGACACUCAGUGAUCGCCAGCUGUCAGUCAUUAUCCAGAUUCUCAGAGAUCGCCAGCUGUCAAUCAUUAUCCAGACUCUCAGUGAUUGCCAGCUGUCAGUCAAUAUUCAGACACUCAGUAAUUGCCAGCUGUCAGUCAUUAUGCAGACACUCCAUGAUCGCCAGCUGUCAGUCAUUAUCCAGACACUCAGUGAUCUCCAGCUGUCAGUCAUUAUCCAGACACUCUGUGAUUGCCAGCUGUCAGUCAUUAACUAGACACUCAAAGAUCGUCAGCUGUCAGUCAUUAUCCAGACACUCAGUGAUCGCUGGCUGUCAGUCAUUAUCCAGACACUCAGUGAUCGCCAGCUGUCAGUCAUUAUCCAGACACUCAGUGAUCGCCAGCUGUCAGUCAUUAUCCAGACACUCAGUGAUCGCCAGCUGUCUGUCAUUAUCCAGACACUCAGUGAUCGGCAGCUGUCAGUCAUUAUCCAGACACUCAGUGAUCGCCAGCUGUCAGUCAUUAUCCAGACUCUCAGUGAUUGCCAGCUGUCAGUGAUUAUCCAGAAACUCAGUGAUCUCCAGCCGUCUGUCAUUAUCCAGACACUCAAAGAUCGCCAGCUGUCAGUCAUUAUCCAGACACUCACUGAUCGCCAGCUGUCAGUCAUUAUCCAGACACUCAGUGAUCGCCAGCUGUCAGUCAUUAUCCAGACACUCAGUGAUCGCCAGCUGUCUGUCAUUAUCCAGACACUCAGUGAUCGCCAGCUGUCAGUCAUUAUCCAGACACUCAGUGAUCUCCAGCUGUCAGUCAUUAUCCAGACACUCGGUGAUCUCCAGCUGUCAGUCAUUAUCCAAACACUCAGUGAUCUCCAGCUGUCAGUCAUUAUCCAGACACUCGGUGAUCGCCAGCUGUCAGUCAUUAUCCAGACACUCAGUGAUCGCCAGCUGUCUGUGAUUAUCCAGACACUCAGUGAUCGCCAGCUGUCAGUCAUUAUCCAGACACUCAGUGAUCUCCAGCUGUCAGUCAUUAUCCAGACACUCAGUGAUCGCCAGCUGUCAGUCAUUAUCCAGACACUCAGUGAUCUCCAGCCGUCUGUCAUUAUCCAGACACUCAGUGAUCUCCAGCUGUCAGUCAUUAUCCAGACACUCCGUGAUCGGCAGCUGUCAGUCAUUAUCCAGACACUCAGUGAUCGCCAGCUGUCAGUUAUUAUCCAGACACUCAGUGAUCGGCAGCUGUCAGUUAUUAUCCAGACACUCAGUGAUCGGCAGCUGUCAGUCAUUAUCCAGACACUCAGAGAUCGCCAGCUGUCAGUCAUUAUCCAGACACUCAGUGAUCGCCAGCUGUCAGUUAUUAUCCAGACACUCAGUGAUCGGCAGCUGUCAGUCAUUAUCCAGACACUCAGAGAUCGCCAGCUGUCAGUCAUUAUCCAGACACUCAGUGAUCGGCAGCUGUCAGUCAUUAUCCAGACACUCCGUGAUCGCCAGCUAUCAGUCAUUAUCCAGAGACUCAAAGAUCGCCAGCUGUCAGUCAUUAUCCAGACACUCAGAGAUCGCGUUCACCAUGUUUAG